AAGCUGCCGUGGCGAGGGCUCGAGAAGCCAAAAGUUGCGGCGCGCGCGGCCUAGCGCCUAUUUUGACACGCCCGAGCGAUGGCAUUCCGUGCAGCGCGGCCCCUGCGCUUCCGCCUGACACGGCUGCUGCGUGCCGGUGGCGCGGAGGAUGCCAAGCCCCGGUGGACUCUGCCGGAGGCUGAUUAUCACAAGUACACCUACCAGCCAUCCAUUCCAGACAAGCACUUCAACAUCGGGCACUGGAACUAUGCACCGAUCACACUUUGGCUCCGUGCGCGCCGCCCCGCCAUGGAGCGCGUGCUCGGGGACGUCUACAGCACUCUGGUGGCGACGGGCACGGCGGUGUCACCAAUCUCUGCCAACAUCCAUUCGAACCUUCCGGGAUUUGGCUACAAAGUCCUCGGCCUUGUAGGUGCUCUCAUUGGCUACAACCUGGCUGUGAUGUAUGUGACUUCUCGAACAGAGGCAUGGAUGUUUCUUGAGAAGGUUCGCCUCUAUGCUCUGGGUGAUGAGCUCGUGAAGAAGGGCUUUUUCAUGUCGGAUGCGGAGGAGGCCCACAGCCGUCAGCACAAGUUCGACCACGAGGUGGAGAGGCUGAAUCAUUUGUGGGAGGAGGCCCUGGCGGAUGCAACACAGGCGCGCUCCUUCGAGAAGCUUUGCGAGCAUUUGGCCGUGGACCCCGAGCAGUUGCCAGUGACGGAGAUUCCCAAGCCCAUCUCCUGGCGAUUCAGCCUCAUGCCGUAUGGCCGGGACGACCCUGAUGCCAAGACUUUCAGCUUUGCCCCAGUGGACAGUCCUGCCGCCAGCAAUUACUUCCUCCUUGACGCCGGCAACUCUGGAGACUAUAUUGACCGUCAGGACAACAAGCCGAACCCUAUCCGAAAGGGGCGCCACAUGUACACCGCAGCCUACAUGCCUCCGACGAAGUGAGCGCUACGUCUCGCUGAGUUUUUAUCGGUGUAUGGAAAAUCCAAUCUCCUGUGGUAUUUUGUCAGAAGCA